AUGGCGCUCUUGCUGACCGUUGCCUCCGCCGCUUCCGCGCCGUACGCGGGCUUGCGCAACCAGGGAAACACGUGCUACAUGAACUCGCUGCUACAGUCCCUCUGCCACAUUCCAGAGUUUGCUCCGGUCGCGCUAGAGAUGAAGCGCCUGCUCUACCGCCUCGGCCGUGCACCCGCGCUCGGCAUGGACGCCGUCGGCACGGAGCGGCUGACGACGUCGCUCGGCAUGGGCCCGCGCGACGUGCUCGAGCAGCAGGACGCGCAGGAGUUCUGGCACACCCUCCACGCCGCGCUCGUCGCCUCGGGCGAGCUCGCAACGGAGGGACAGCCGCGCGGGCGGGGCGCUGCAAGCGAGAUGCCACAGAAUCACGGUGGCACUGUCUCUUGCGUGCCGGCUCCGCCGCCGACGCCGUUCGCGCGGGUCUUUGAGGGGAGGACGCAGAGCUACGUGCGGUGCACCAAGGUGCCCUUCACAUCGGAGCGGGAGGGCCGUUUCUGCGACCUGCAGCUGCAGGUGGCGGGUUGCGCCUCGCUGCACGCCUCGCUCCGACAGUACGUGGCGGAGGAGACGCUGCAGGGCGAGUACAACACGCGCGACGAGCGCUUCGGCCGGCAGCCCGCGGGGACGGUGCUUCACCUCAAGCGCUUCGAGUACGACGCGGCGACGGGCGCGACGCACACGCUGGAAGGGCAGCUUCCCGCGGAGCCGGCGCGCGAGGCGUGCUUUGGGCCGGCAAUAGGCGCGAUGCAGAAGCUGCAGGGCUCCUUCUCCUUCCCCACCACGCUGCGGCUGCGCCGGUACAUGGCCAAGGGCGCACGCGGCGGCGGAGGGCCGCCUCCGGUCUACGAGCUGCGCGCCGUCCUCUCGCACGCCGGCGGGUUCGGCUCGGGCCACUACAUCAGUUUCGUCCGCCCGCUCGGCGGCGGCGGAGGCUGGUACCGCUUCGACGACACGCGCGUGGAGCGCGUGGCCGAGUCGGCCGCGGUGCGGGAGCAGUACGGCGGCGAUCACGCGCCGCGCGGAGGCGGCCUCUUUGGGCUCGGGGGUCCGUCGCCGUCGGCGUACAUGCUCACCUACAAUCGCUUCGGCCACUAG